AUGUCAAUUCCAUUGUCUAUUGCAGAUAAAUUAGAAGCUGAAGCCAUACACACAAAUGAACAAUUGCUGGAAUUCAAUGUGCGAAGUAAAGAUGUCAAUUGGCAUGAAUAUGUAACGCCAAAGAAGCCAAGAUCCUCACCCGUCUAUCUGCAGAGGCAAUUUAAUUUAAUUAGUAAUUAUCGUGAACCCAUUGGUAAUCAUAAUCGGCGUAAGGUGUUACUAUGUCACGAUAUGAUGGGCAAUUAUUUGGAAGACAGACAUUAUCAUUCGUCAAAAAAAUAUGAUGACUAUCGAUUUUAUCAUUGGUCAGCUGUUGAUUAUUUUUGUUAUUUUAGUCAUAACUAUAUUACAAUUCCACCAUGUGGCUGGAUAAAUGCUGCCCAUAAACAUGGUGUCUCCGUAUUGGGUACUUUCAUUACUGAAGGUUCGGAUGGUGCCAAACGUUUACACGAUGUGCUGGCCUCAACCGAAAUGAUAGACAAUAUUGUGGACGCUAUGGUGAAAUUGUGUAAACAUUACCAUUUCGAAGGAUGGCUCAUCAAUGUCGAGUGCAAAGUCGAACCAGAUUCAAUGGAAAAUCUAUAUUACUUUCUCAAUCGACUACGUGAAUCCGUUGAACAACAUGUCGAAGCGGGUGUUGUCUUUUGGUAUGACAGUGUCAUAGAAACUGGGCAGUUGUCAUGGCAGAAUGAGUUGAAUGCCAAAAAUGUGCGUUUCUUUAGGUCAACUCAUGCCACUCUCAUAAAUUACAGUUGGACCGACAGUAGCCUUGAAAAGACACGCUCGCUGUGCGAACAGGAGCGGGCUCACAGCCAAAGUGUUUUCUUUGGCAUUGAUGUAUUUGGCCGUAAUCAAAUUGCUAAAUUUCAAAGUAAACGAACCUUGGCACGCAUUGCCAAAAAUCGUUUCUCGGUUGGCAUUUUUGCCCCAGCCUGGACAUAUGAAACACUGCAACAGUUCGGCUAUAAUAUAAAACAGGAGAAUGGUGACGAUGCUGUGAAUGAAACAUUUCUACUGAGAAAUGAAAAAUUCUGGUGGCUUUUAUGGGAUCAUUUGGCAACGCAUCCAUAUAAUACGUUGUCAUUUUAUACCGACUUUUGUAUGGGUUCGGGUAAACGUACCUAUGUAAGUGGCUUGCCGAAGGCAGCGGUGGAAGGAGGAGAGGCAAGUGCCAGUAGUGGAGAGGAGGCUGCAGCCAAUGAAUCGGAAGGAUUUUUCAAUUUAUCCCGCCAAUCGUUACAACCAUCUGUACCCUUGCAUGAUUUGGCAACCCGACACUAUGAUGAUGCCUUCAACGGUGGCUCAUGCCUUCGCAUCAGCCAAUGUGACAGCAGUUUUCGUUUGUUUGCCACAGAUUUUAAACUUCCCGGUGGUGGUUUGGUAUUUGCCUAUGCCUACAAACUCAAUCCGCAGGAUGGUGAAUUUGAUUGUAUUCUACGUUUUUGUACCAGCAAUAAUGCCCGUGAUUGUUAUUUAUUUUUGGGCGACUAUUAUGAUACGGUGAGCUUACAAAGAGGACGUUGUUAUGUGUCGCCCUUCAAACCGAAAUACAAUGAGCUGUUGAGUGGCCCCCUGGAAUGUCCUCAAAUACCCAAAGAUAUGGCCUUCCCCGAUUUCCAAGCCAAUGGAUGGCGUGUGCGUUAUUAUGUGGUUGGAUUUGAUGGCGGUAUACAAGUCAAAGAUAUCGGUGUCCUCUAUCGUAAAACUCCCGAAGCACGUGAUACAGCCUAUUUGGGUGCAGUCUAUUUGAAUGAAUUCAAUGUCAAUCAUCAUGAUUUUCCAGUUGAUAGUAAUAUUGCUUUAAUACAAGUUUAUGGCGGGGAUUUACUUAACUGACAAGAUGAAAUGAUGGCCAUUAUAACACAGGACGACGAUGAUGAUGAAGAUAUUUAGUCAUAAAUCAGA